UCAUCAAAGUUUGCUUGGCUGUGGCAGUGACGUAUUCUUUUUUCACUUUUUCUCUCAACUUAUUAUAAUUAUAGCUUCAUUUAUCUUCAAAGAAGACACUCGCUUGAUUCUUUGUUCGAAACAGACGCCACGCGCCAGCUGAGAAGGACACGGUUCCAAAUAUGGUAGGGCAACUUUGGCGGCUUCUUAUCUGUGAUUGGUUAGCUAGCGGCUUGACAGACAACACCAAGCACGGACUCACUUCACUCAUCCCCCUCGUAAGUUGUGUGUUUCUCGGAUCGAACAUGUCGGGCCGCGGUGGAAAACAGGCUAAGAGGGCGAAAGCAAAAUCUAGGUCAGCCAAGGCAGGCCUACAGUUUCCUGUGAGUCGAGUUCACCGUUACUUGCGCCAAACGACUCAUCAUUUCCGCAUCGCAUCGGGUGCGCCAGUUUACCAAGCAGCCGUCAUGGAAUACUUAACCGCUGAGAUCCUAGAACUCGCAGGAAACGCGGCCCGUGAUAACAAGAAAACUCGAAUUAUACCGCGGCACAUUUUGCUGGCUGUUGCCAACGAUGAAGAACUCCAUCAGUUGUUGAAAGGUGUGACAAUUGCAUCUGGAGGUGUCCUUCCAAAUAUUCACCCUGAACUUUUGAAGAAAAGAAAAGGUGGGAAACUUGUAGCACCAGAUGAAUUAAAGCCAAAGCACCCGAAGACAACAUCGGCACCCAAACCAACUACAUCGGGGAAGAAGAUGACAAGUCCAGUAAAGAAGGCUGUCUCGCCUGCUAAAAAAGCACCUAUUUCUGCUGGUAAAGCGAAAAAGAAAGGGCCUGCUCCAAGGAAAGGAGCUGACAAAGUUUCACCAGGUGCAGGUGUUACUGUUCUUUCAGAGAAAACGCUUUUCUUGGGCCAAAAGUUAACAGUUAUCCAGUGUGAUAUUGCAACGGUGGAAGCAGAUGCUUUAGUACACCCAACCAAUGCAUCAUUUUAUCUGGGUGGUGAAGUAGGUUCAGCUCUUGAAAAAGCCGGUGGAAGUGAGUUUAAGGAGGAGGUUAAAAAACUCUCUGAAUCUCAUGGACCAUUAGAACCAACAACAGCAGCAACAACUUUCCGAAAGACACAGCCGCACAGACCAUCCUGAAGGCAAUCUCAAACUAUUUUGUGUCCGUUAUGGCAUCAUCUCUGAAACAGAUCUAUUUUGUUUUGAAUGACAUGGAAUCUAUUGGAAUUUACACCAUGGAACUAGCACGUCUUGACUCCUAGGAAAGGCUAACACUUCCUGUCUUAUCUUUUUAAAAUAUUCUGUUGAUCAAGUACAAACUGCGUCAUCGACGUCUUGGACGCAUGUCCCGUGCAGAAUUUAGUUGUUCAAAGGUUUUCUUACAUAGUUUUCCACUCCUUAAGAUCGAAAUGUUGAUUCUCCUAACUGGUUUCUAUACACUUCAUUCUGUUUUAGUUUUGAGAAGUGAGAACUAGAUCACGAUGAAGCUUUGAGGUGUAUCAUUUCCAAUGUCGUCAUUACUUGUCCUUCUUAAUAUCGUUGUACUGUCCCAAAGAUUUUGGUAGUUGACGUGUAAAAUGGCAUCUGAAAGUAACAGUUCCGUUGGCCUGCCUAAAAGGACGGAUGCCAAGAACAAUUGUUUCCUUUAUAUUCGAUAAAUCAUCUCCCACUUCAGAGCAAUAUUUAUUGUAUGGAAACUUUAAAGUAGAGUUAACAUUUGAUAAAGUCAUCACGGCUGGGUUACAUAUACAACUUGCAAACAAGCACAUUUAACUUGCGUAAGGAAUCAAAAUGGUUUAUUAGUGCCUUUAGCCUAGCUUUUGGCUCCAAUAAAUCACAGGUAGCCUUCCUCCACAUUUGCAGACCAUGUAGAACAGUCUUUCAGUGGGGGCAAAUUUGACAAGAUCCGUAUGAUUCAAGGACGCUAUGUAUCCUCCACGUGUAAACCUUCUUGACUAGGAUUUCUUACAUACUCCAAACAUAUGAGUUCCUGUAGCUAUAGCACUGUAGCUAUCUUUUAGGGAGGGAAAGAAGAUUUCAACCCUCUCUUCGCCCCUCUCCUUAGUUUGUUGCGGAGUUGCAAAGUCAAACAGGAGGGAAAUUAGGCAUUAGUUCAAGUUCAGUUGAAGUUAGCAUUCCAUGAUUGUUUGUUUCCUUAUUCGUGGAUGUUCCAAUGUUGCUUGAUCUUAAUCAUUCUUCUCCAAUUUGGUGUGUCGUGAUGACUAUGUUAACUCUGAAGCUACCACGAUCUACCAGUAGUUCUUGUUUCCGCUUACCUCGCAUUUCCUCAUGAUUCAGUGAAGAGAAAUUGGUGUUAUGUCACCUAACGUUUUCCAGCUGAUAAAGUUGUCGAUUCUUCUUACCUGUAUGGUGGAUAAUGUAUCAAAAUUGCCGAGAGAAAUUACUUGUUAAUCGCGCGUGGGAGUUGAAGAGUUAACCAAGAAGGACAAAGAAAUCAGGGGGGGAAGAGAAUGACUAAGACCAAGGGACUGUGAACCGUCCAAAAAUCAGGCUAGUCCAUGUAAAGUUAAGACGAGAACCCCUCCCCUGAGAGUCAGUUGGGUAGUUUAAGAAACGACGGCGGCGACGCUGUGGACAACGUCGUUUAAGAAAUGAACUUGUAUUUUACCUACGAAUCGUGUUAGACCGUCAAGACUAUCUCAAAACUGAAUAUGGAACGCAGUGUUAAAUUAGAAAUAGAAAUUUAAAAAAUUAGCUGUCGUCGUUCACGUUCUCCAGACAAGGCAAAGUUUGGUCAUUUCACGUUAUUGUUUUGCAGAGGACUUACGAAAUUUAGAGACAUUUCUGACGCACGUGCAUAGCUUGAAGUUGCCGUCGUGAUUUCUUAAACUCGUUAAAAUCCUUAAAAGUCAAGAGAUCGUGUAGCUUAGCUAGGGAGGAUGUCGCGUUAUCGAAAUUUGUUUGUCUUUUCUGUGAAGUAUGUGUAGGAUAACCGAUAAACUAAGUUAAUUGCAGCGUCUGUAAAGAAACAAGAGUGACGCUUUUUGAAGUAGAUGAGGUGGUCAUUGAACCUUUCUACUGAAGGCAGGAACGAUGGGGUAUUUGUAACUUUAUUUUUAUGAAAUUCUGUUUUAUCUGUUGUAGCAGUGUAUUUACUGGAAAUUCUUUCCAUUCAAAGUUCCUUGGAACUGACUUUUUGAAGCAACAUUUGGAGAUAUUUUAAAUCGUGUAUUUUAUUUUCACUAGUUUAAAAAAAGAAACUUAGCAUAACGUAUCUUUGUUCUAAACAGGCGAGAAGUGAGAGGUAUACGAUCGAGAAAUUAAAACCUCUUUGUUGAUGUGAAAUA